AUGAAAUAAUUAGAACAACUAUUAUAUGAGGGCAUUGUUAAUGAAAUGAAUUAAUCUCAUAGAGUCUAAUUUAAAUACUUAAUGAUCUAUAGACUUUUUGCUUCAAUUUUCAUGACUUAUGCUUUAAUUUAAGUAAGUGUUGUGGCUCCUACAUUUUCACAAAAUUUCCUCUAUUUAACUUUAUGGGGAGGUUAUACUACUUAUUUUUAUUUUGGAUUGGUUAGUAUUGAGAACGUGUCGUUUUAUAAGUUUAAUAAAUAAUUUUUUGAUGAGAGUUUGUGGAAAUUGUGUCAUAUUUUGUUUAUUGUAGCAUUUUGCUUUGAAUUACCUAUUUUGGUUAUUUAUUGGAGCUAUAUAUUUCCAUAAGACGAUGUUCACACACUUAAUUCAUGGUUGGUGAAUGUAGAUGUGCAUUUUGUUAGUUGCAUUCUCAUCUUUGUGGACUUUAUACUCAAUGAUAUUUAAUUUUAAUUGAAAUAAUCUGUUGUGUUGAUAGUGAUUGCAAUUAUCUAUUUAAUUGUAAACAUGUUCUAUGUUUUGGUGUCAGGAAUUGAGAUAUAUCCAGGAAUCAAUUGGCGAAAUGGAAUUUCAUACAUUAUAAGUGUAAUUACAGUAGGGAUUAUGUUCGGAGUAUUUUAGCUUGGACUAUUAUACCAAAAUAAGGUUAAAAAGCCAUUGAUGAUGAAUAAAAAAGAAAAAUAAUUAAUGACAGAAUGA